AUGGCUCCUGGGGGGGUCCAUCCCGCUCUGGUCUCCACCUGGCUCUUGUUUCUCUGCUCGGUCGUCUCAGCUGGGGUUCACCGUUUCACCCACUCCCAGAUUAUUUCACCGCAGGCAGCCCCUGGGCUGCCCAAGCGCCAGAGCUUGCUGCAGGUGAACGGCCUGGCGCUCUCGGCCUAUGACAGCAGCAGCCGGAGGAUGAUGCCGCGCAACGGCUACAUGCAGGGCGACCGGGAGACCCACCAGUUCUGGAGCGUCAGCAGCGCCCGGUGCAUGUUCUGGGACCCCUGGGUGGAGACCGAGUACCAGGCCCUGGUGCGGGCGGUGAACGCCAGCUCCCCAAAGGCCGAGCCCUACUACAUGCAGGUCGUGCAGAGCUGUGAGCUGGACGAAGCCAGCGGCGCCGUCCGAGCCGUUACCAGGUACGCCCUGAAUGGGGAGGACGUGCUGCAGUACCAUGGGGACCAGAACCGCUGGUUCUCAGUGCACCCGGCGGCCUGGCGCGUGGCCGAGCGCUGGAACCGCGAGAGGGAGACGCUGGCCGGGAUCAACGCCCAUACGCCACAGCAGUGCGGGACCUUCAUCCGGAUCACCUCGCCAUUCACCGCACAGACAACAGCCCAGCCCACAGUGCACGUGUCCCUCGUGCGAGGAACCCGGGGCCAGCCUCACCGCCUCAUGUGCCACGUGACGGGGUUCUACCCCCGUGACAUUGAGGUGACCUGGGAGCGGGGGGGCAAGGGGGCCCUAGGGGAACAGAUGACCAGCAGGAUCCGGCCCAACGGGGAUCCCACCUUCCAGAUCCGAGUGUCCAUUGAGCUGGGGCUGGGGGAGCACGUGUGCGUAGUGAGACACGUCAGCCUGGGGGGCGCCCCCCUGAGGAUCACCUGGGAUCCCCAGGCCACAGGCCAGGCCGGGUCCCUGGGCGUCCUCGCCAGCUGCGUGCUGGCUGCUCUGGGAGUCGCCGCCCUGGGCUGGUAUCUGAGGGGGAGGCCAGGCCGCUUGGAGGGGCCGUUCCGCUCGGCGCGGGCACAGCCAGGAACCCUCGACUCUGCCCUGGCUAAGCCAGGAGACACCUUGGCCACGUCUCUGUCCUGCCCAGGUGUCACCGCGUGA